UUUCACUACGGUGUGAUUGGCGAAGUCGGCGGCCUAUCAAGACGGGAGUCGGGGUGAGUGGGGGGACGCUUUUCCCCGCUCCUGCUGCUGGGCCCGGCCGGGGUCGUGAAAGGAGUUUGGAGCGACCAUUGGUUUGUCUGUGCAGGGCCGGGAUUGUCCCCCCUCCCCGCUACAUUGCUUCCCCUGCUCUUUACGGGUUCCGUCAUGGAGACCGUCGCCCCUGUUCCUCCUGGCCCCGGGGCGGGUCCCUUCCCCCCACUUUUUCCCCCGGGGCUGCACGGGAUCUACGGUGAGUGCCGGCGACUGUACCCGGAGCAGCCCAACCCCCUGCAGGUCACGGCGAUUCUCAAAUACUGGUUAGGUGGACCUGAUCCUCUGGACUAUGUUAGUAUGUACAGAAACUUGGGAAGUCCAACUCAAAAUGUUCCUGAGCACUGGCAUUAUGUAAGCUUUGGACUAAGUGACUUGUAUGGUGAUAACAGAGUGCAUGAGUUUACUGGACCAGAUGGGCCAAGCGGUUUUGGAUUUGAACUGACAUUUCGACUUAAGCGUGAAACUGGGGAAUCUGCACCACCUACAUGGCCAGCAGAGUUAAUGCAAGGUUUAGCCAGAUAUGUCUUCCAAUCAGAAAAUACGUUCUGUAGCGGUGACCAUGUAUCAUGGCAUAGUCCAUUGGACAAUAGUGAAUCUAGAAUCCAGCAUAUGCUGCUGACUGAAGAUCCACAAAUGCAGCCAGUUCAAACACCAUUUGGAAUUGUAACAUUUCUCCAGAUUGUUGGGGUAUGUACAGAAGAGCUUCAUGCAGCACAGCAGUGGAAUGGACAGGGUAUACUGGAAUUGCUUCGGACUGUUCCUGUAGCAGGAGGUCCGUGGUUAAUAACAGAUAUGCGACGUGGGGAAACAAUAUUCGAAAUAGAUCCACAUCUGCAACAGGACAGAGUUGAUAAAGGGAUUGAAACAGACGGCUCAAAUCUAAGCGGUGUCAGUGCAAAAUGUGCCUGGGAUGAUCUUAGCCGGCCACCAGAGGACGAUGAAGACAGCAGAAGCAUCUGCAUUGGGACACAUCCUCGACGAUUGUCUGGGAAAGACACAGAGCAAAUUCGAGAAACUCUACGAAGGGGACUAGAGAUUAAUAGCAAGCCAGUUUUGCCACCAAUUAAUACUCAGAGACAGAAUGGAUUGAACAGUGACAGAGCACCGAGUCGCAAGGACAGUUUAGAAAGUGAGAGCUCAGCAGCAAUUAUUCCUCAUGAACUGAUUCGCACAAGACAGCUUGAGAGCGUGCACCUAAAAUUCAACCAGGAAUCAGGAGCAUUAAUUCCACUUUGUUUAAGAGGCAGAUUAUUACAUGGUCGGCACUUUACAUACAAAAGUAUUACAGGAGAUACAGCAAUCACUUUUGUAUCUACAGGAGUUGAAGGGGCCUUUGCUACAGAGGAGCAUCCAUAUGCAGCACAUGGACCCUGGUUACAGAUCUUGCUUACAGAAGAGUUUGUGGAAAGAAUGCUAGAAGACCUAGAAGAUCUGAGUUCUCCAGAGGAAUUCAAACUUCCAAAGGAAUAUAGUUGGCCUGAAAAGAAACUAAAAGUCUCCAUCUUACCUGAUGCUGUAUUUGACAACCUACUCCAUUAAAGACAGCUGACACCCACAAGCAGCCGCUUACUGUAUGUUGCCCAAGAACUCAUGGGAGAAUUGAGUAGAGUAAAAGCUUGUCCUGAUGAUAAGAAAUGUUGAUGCAUAACUACAGCAGAGGAGGGAUUAUUCAACAACAAUCCAGCCAGAAAUGAACAUUUCUGGAAUGCCUUCUCCUCUUUUAUCAUGGCUGAACUCUUGAGUUUCUACACAUGAAUGCGUACAAGGGUUAGACAGAGGAAGAAGUAUUUCAUUAUGAACAGUAGUUGUAAUACAACUUCCACUAUUUUAGCUGGCUCUAGAACUCCCUGCUGCCGUAGUCCAGGUUUAUAUGCCUCAUCUGCAUUUGUUUUACACAUUUUUCAUCUGUAAGCACAUAAUUAUUAAUUAGAUGUUUUCUAUAAUGCCAAAUGUCUUUUGUUAAGCCAGUCUUCUCCUUAACAGAAUUCUUCCUUUAAUGCAAGUUGCAACUCCAAAAAGAAAGUGACAUUCUCCACAUGCAUUCUUAAAAUGGGUAAAAAAUUUUCAGUUGUGAUACUACCUUGGGCCCAAUCAUGUCCUGUGGUUCAGCUGCAAUGAAGUUGGGCAGGUGGGUUUGAUCUCUUAGCUCAGAUUAGUUGAGUGUAACUGGAUUUUAGAAUCCAAAUUUUGAGUCCUAUAAUGAAAUUAGCCUUUCAUUUGAUUUGCUGUAAAGAAUGGAUAAUUCAUCACUAAGAUAAUGUUCAAAAACAGUUUAAUGAUGAUAAUAUCAACAACAACUUCCAAAUUGAGCCUAUGAAUAUUAACAGAUUUAGAAGGAAACCCAACUGCAUUCAGUUGGACUUACUACUAGAUAAAUGUAUGUUAAAUUGUA